UUUCUUUCUCUUUUCUCAUCCAACACUCCCCUCCUCUCCACUCCAAUCCAUCAUGCUCGCUUCCCUCAGAACCGUGGCCCCCGCCACCAAAGUCGCUCAGCGCAUGUUCAGCAGCUCGUCUAAGGUUGCCAGCUACGACAAAACUGUCAAGAACAUGCUGAUCAACAAGCAGACCAAGGUCGUCUGCCAGGGCUUCACCGGCAAGCAGGGUACUUUCCACUCCAAGCAGGCCAUCGAGUACGGCACUAACAUGGUCGGAGGCGUCUCUCCCAAGAAGGGUGGCCAGACCCAUUUGGGACUUCCCGUCUUCAACACCAUUGCCGACGCCGCUAAGGAGCUCAAGCCCGAUGCCUCAGUCAUCUACGUUCCUCCCCCAAUGGCCGCUGGUGCCAUCAUGGAGGCCAUUGAGGCCGAGAUCCCCUUGGUUGUUGCCAUCACUGAGGGUAUCCCUCAGCAAGACAUGGUUCGCGUUGUCAGAGCCUUGAAGACUCAAGACAAGACCCGCCUUAUCGGACCUAACUGCCCCGGUAUCAUUGCCCCCAAUGCCUGCAAGAUUGGUAUCAUGCCCGGCCACAUCCACAAGGUCGGAAAGAUCGGUAUCGUUUCCCGCUCUGGUACCUUGACCUACGAGGCCGUCAACCAGACCACCGAGGUCGGUCUUGGCCAGUCUCUCUGCAUCGGUAUUGGUGGUGACCCCUUCAACGGAACCAACUUCAUCGACUGCUUGACCUUGUUCUUGCAGGACCCUAACACCGAGGGUAUCAUCAUGAUCGGAGAGAUUGGAGGCAGCGCCGAGGAGGAGGCCGCCGACUUCUUGAAGAAGUACAACUUGACUCGCGAGAAGCCUAAGCCCGUUGUUUCCUUCAUUGCUGGACGCACUGCUCCCCCUGGCCGUCGUAUGGGUCACGCCGGCGCCAUUAUUGCCGGAGGCAAGGGAGGCGCCGAUGACAAGAUCAAGGCCUUGGAGAGCGCUGGUGUCGUUGUCUCGCAGAGCCCUGCCAAGCUGGGAGUCCUUAUGAGAGCUGCGAUGGAGAAGGCUGGAUUGGUUUAAAGCGUAUCCAACUGCUAUAGUUCCUUUUAUUAUCAUCAAAAAUACACACAUUUUCCUCCUUACCGAAUGUCGGCAGG